AUGAAAUAUUUACAAAAAUUACAUGAUGAUGUUUCAAGAUUGAAAAAGGAAAAUACUAAUCUAAAAUCAUCAAUUAAACAAUAUAAAAAUAAAUCAAAUAAUAGUGCUGAUGGUGGAUCUAUCGGUAAUAUAACUUCUGAUAAUGAAAUAACUCCAACAAGUUCAACAACUUUAGAUAAUUUAUUUGAAUCUUCAGAUGUUGAUACUAUUUUAUCUGCAACCUUUUCAAAUAAUACAGCUUCAAAUCAUCCAUCUCAACAAGCAAAUACUACUUCUAACAAUAAUGAUCAACAAACAUCAGAUCAUCAUGAUGAAGUUGUUGCACCAUUUGUUGAUCAACAACGUCAAUUAGUUUAUUCAAGAACUGGUGAAAAAUUUUAUGUCGGUUCUUCAUCAAUGACGCUAUUUGGUAUUCAAGUUCAAAAUAUGUUAUCAGAAAAUGGAGAUCAAGAUCUUAUAAAUGCACCAAAUGCACAAAAUUUAAGUAAUACUGAAACUGUCUUAGAGAGAGAAGGUAAUGCUUAUAGAAUCAUGUUGGGUAAGACUAAAACAAGACCUGGUAUCUCUGUUAAUUUUACAUUACCUUCAUACUCAUAUGCAAUGUUAUUAGUUGAUUCUUUUAUUCAAUAUAAUGAUGGAUGUUUUUAUUUUUUCAAUGAAGGUUUAGUUAAAGAAAAUUUAAGAAGAGUUUAUGAAGGUUUAGGUACAGAUUCUUCAGAUUCAAUUAUUGAAACUAUUUGGUUUUGUAAAGUUUUAUUAAUCUUUUCCGUGGGUGAAAUGUACUUGGGUACUGCAAAUAAUAUUGAUGGUAAAAAAUCUGCAGAUGCAAAAUUACCAGGUUCUGGAUUUUUCCAUCAAGCUUCUGAAUUAUUUACUGGGUUAUUCGCAUCAGGUGCUAUAGAUAAUUGUGCAAGAGAAGGUGGUAUUGAAGUAUUAUUGUUAUAUGCCUUUUAUUUACAAGUUGCCGAUUGUACAGUGGCUUCAUAUUUUUAUUUUGGUCUAGCUUUAAGAGCUUCUUUAAUUCUAGGGAUGCAUGUUGAUGCUGAUAAAAGUAAUGUUUCUCGUUAUGAAUUAGAACAUAGAAGAAGAUUAUGGUGGACUGUCUAUAUGUAUGAGAGAAUGUUAAGUUCUAAAGCUGGUUUACCAUUAUCUUUAAAUGAUAAUAGUAUUGCAACUGAAUUGCCUGAUGAUUUUGAUAUGUUUAAUCCUCCACAAGGUUGUGAGCAUUAUAUUUUCCCUGAAGCUGAAUAUAUUACCAAUUGUAUCAAAAUUACUCAGAUUAAUGCUAAAAUUUUAUCAUGUUUAUAUCAAAAACAACCAAAUAAAAAUAUUUUACCAGUUUUAGCAGAAUUAGUUGGUCAAUUAAUAGAGUUUAGAGAACAUCUACCAGAAUUUUUGAACCCAGAUUUCACUUCAAAAGAUUUACAAAUUUCAAGAUUGGCAACGAAUAUUCUUACUGAAUUUUUUCAAGGUAUGAAUUUAGCAGUUAGACCAUUAUUAUUUCAUUUUGCUUCAAAACAAUUGAAAAUCAAUAAAACUUCAAAUAAAUAUAUUGAUUUAAAUGAUUAUUCAAAGUCAAUCAUAACUUUAUUUAAUUCUUCAUUCCAAGCUUCAAUAAAUACCAUAAGAUCCCUUUGGGCUUUAAUGCCAGAAAAUAUGGUUGCAUUAUUUGGUUAUUUAGAUCGUGAAUAUUUAUUUACAUCGUCUGCAACAUUAAUUUUAUUCAAUGCAGCAUUUGGUGUUCAUCAAGCAACUUAUGAACAUUUAGAUCAUGCUUUACAAAUAUUCACCAAGAUGAGAAAUUUAGGUAAUCAUCCAUCUGCAUUAAGAAGAGCUCAAUUAUUAAAAUUAAUGUCAACUUUAGAUUUUAAUAAAAUUAUGCAACCAUUAAUCUUGAAACAUACUGAUAAUUUCCAACCAACUCAAUUUUCAAAUACACCAGUUCCAUCAUCAUCUAAUUCUAUGAAUCAUAAUUCAAACUUAGAUGGUAUUCCAUCAUCUUAUAAUCAUUCCAACCUAAGAAAAGAUCAUUCAAUUUCUAAUUCUCCUGUUCAACAUUCAACAUCAGCAAUACGACAAGGAGAUUCAGGUCAAAAAAGAUUAAAAAUUGAUAAUAUGAUUGAUUCUAAAAAAUUAAGUAAAAAUGUUGAUAAUGAACCUGUUUUACAUGAUGCUGAGGGCAAAGUUUCUUUAGAUGCUAUUCAUAUGUUACAACAUGGUACUGUUACAGAAAAUGAAAAUGAAUUAUGGAAGGAAAUUUCAAAUGAAGCAAUGUGGUUAGGUCCAAUUGGUGAAGUUUCUGAAGAGUUUCAAUCAUUGAUGGAUGAUUUUAAUUGA